CGUACAACAGACAACUACUGCUCUCUUGAUUGAACUUCUUGAUGAGCAAAGUUGGUGAUCUGGCCCUCCACUCACUUGCUAUUGAUUUUUGUUGAUUGUCUAGAUUUUUUAUAGAAGUAGUGAAAAGUAACUGAAAUUUGUUGCUACUCGCUUCACGAUAGAAGUAGUUGAAUAUAUAGUUACAGUGGAUGGCUCUACGACAGGCUCUCUUUGAAGCUAGACAGCGGCAGGAGCAAGAGCGGCAAGAGCAAGAGCUACGGGAGCAAAGCCUGCAGAGAGAGGAAAGUUAUGGCUAGUUUUUCACUAUCCCAUGUUGGACUUCUUGAAUGAAAACUGAGUGAAAAACUAGCGUUAAGAAAGAGCCGACGAAACCGAGCGCCUUGGGGGGCGUUGUUUACGCCUCCUCACCACGGUAUUAUUAUUUUUUUUUUCCAGCGUUGUUUUGUUUUAAAUUUUAUCAACCGGUGAUGAUUGAAAUUAAUUGCCGACAGAUGCUCUCUUGUGGCACUUCGCAAACCGGAUUUUUUCUUUUUCAUAUACUGUCAUCACUGCUCUGGUGGUUACUACUGUCCCACAUUGUUCCACUACGUUCUUACCCAUCAUCCCUCUAUGAUCAGUUAACCACUCAAUCACUUAGCCAAAAUCAACACUCAAUCACUUGAAUAGCCAAAAUGAAUGAAUCAACUACUUAGCCAAAAUCAAGACUCAAUCACUUGAAUAGCCAAAAUGAAUGAAGGAUUCACACUGAAAAUUUGCCACAGAUGCUCUGUUGUGGCGGUCGGGAAAAAAUGUCCGUGGAACCUAAGACGCUAUUGCAAGAUACAAGCUCCAGUAGUAACCAGAAAAAGACUGGAGCAGGUCAGAAAGCGGCCGCGCCAGGUCACAAAUUAUGAUUUGAAGGUCAUUCAGAUUCUGUCUCUACGGGUGCUAGGAAAGGCAUGACUAUCAGGGGCAUACUACCCAUGACAUAGGAGGUCAUGAUACUAUGUAUUCUUUUCAAUGAUAUGAGGACUUCAAACAUCAUAGUAGAUGGUGCUUUUCCUUCGACUCUGUAGUAUUACCUUCAAUAAUAUCAAGCCACGAUACGGUCUAGAAUCUGACUUACAAGUUUUGUAAUCUCAUACUGAUACUCACUUGGCAAGUUAGAUCUCACUUCAUAUUUCUUGGUUCUCGGUCGUUACGAUGUGGUGGAAGGAAAAGCUGGCGUCUUGGGCGAGGGCUCCUUCAGUUAUGAGGAAGUAUUUUUCAGUGAGUAAAGGUACUAUGAUAGGUGGUACAACACAACGAACAUUAUUAAAUUACAUAUUUACCAAACCAGGAUUACUGAUUUGUCAUACUUGCUGGAUUAGUGCUAGUUUGUAGAAGACGCAGGACGUUUGCGUAGCUAACUGAUACCGUAUUUCACUCGCUACGAUUUUCACCAUCUGUAAGAACAUAAGUAAAGCAGCCGGUCAGCUUUCCCUCUAUUCUUAGGUUUAUCCCUUCUUUCUAACUCUGCGUUGUCCAGAAGGCUGUGUGUCGACAGACGGGGAAAGCGGUGGCGGUGAAAACCUACAAGCUCACCGAUGGGAAGUAUGAUUAUGCGAACGUCUUGUAGUUGCUAUCACAGACUCCGAGGAUACAGUAAAAAAUGUAAAAAAUUAUACUAGCGAAAAAUGUAAAAAAUGAUUGUCUUUUUUUUGUUAUCACUAUUGCUACGUAUUAUACUUCUCUCCGUUGAUUGUCGUAAAGCAUGAAAGCAACAUGAACUUUUUUGUCGUAGAGCACAUAACCAACGACACCAGGUGGACCAGCACGACCAUAUUAACUUUAACCGGCGACAGGAGCACGACCUCCACAUUUUAAGAUAUUUCUAAUUUCACAAGGAUGACUGGGAGAGCUGCUUGCUGAAAUUCAAGCGGCAGAUUCAAGUCAUGGGCAUGCUGAUGGAGCCCGUGAAUACGAAAGCGCAACUGAUUCAUCCUUGUUUGCUGAAAAUCGAUCCCCGAAAAUGCUUCAUUUUAUGGAGAAGUAAGUGAGCAGAAAUAAAUAAGGUGCUUACAACUUGACAACUUCGUUGGGUGUAGACUUUGAAGACUUUCAUAGCGGCUUGCCGGUUACUCGUCCACUGAUUAGAUGUUGCCUGCGUGUAGAGGACCGUAGGAUACCAAAAACGGUAUCAUCUAAAAUGAACAGUAUUUUCAUACAUAGGUCGAAUUCUUCCAGUAGCACAAAAUCUUACUCUAAGGAACGAGCUUUUGGACUAUAGCAAGGAUGCAAAAGGCAACCCUGGCCCAGAUCCGACAGAUGGGAAGCUCUUAAGGCGUAGAAGAAGCUUUUUACUUGUUUUUGUACAACUUCUUCAAUAUUUAUACUGCUUGGGUAGAAGAUUUUUGUACAACUUCUUAUUCUUGGGUAGAUUUUUUCACGUUGCCGCGUCUGCUGUUUUUUCACUUUGCGUUUUUUCGACUUUUUGCUAGGGUCGUUUCUUGCGACUAGCUUUCCUCUGAGGAUUAUCUGGAUUCGAUACUCUACCAGGUAGUACUACUCUAGGUAGCACCUUUCUGGCGAAUCUAUCAAAGUCUAUAAUUAAACCUCUUUUCUAGGCACAGAAAGAAUGAAAGUCAAUGGACGAUCAUCUUUCCAUAAAUAAAUGCACAUAAGGUACUAGGUUAUAUAUAAUGCACUCCACCUUCGCUAAUCCUAUAUGUAGUGACAGAAGUUGCGGAUUACUCCUUGAAGGACUACUUGGGCCAAGCAAGCGAGGAACGAAAAGACUUGGGUCCGGAAACCGUGCGACAAAUUGCGAGAUCGUUCUUAUGUCCUUUGUACUAUAAGUACUUUGAUGAUGAAAAUAGUUAUAACUAAUUGCCUGUUCAUGUUGUCGUACUAUUGCUUUUCUUGAUGUUGUACAAUAUUGAGUUUCAGCCGUGGCCGUGCAAUGCUUGCCGCUGAUAUUGAUUUCACGUUAUCCAUUCGGCAAUUCAUAUCCUCCUCUUUGGUUGUCUAUGCCUUUGUUCCGUCUCUAUCAGAGGCAUAUUGCAUUUUUUGAAAUUUAUCGCCCUUCCCUUUCAUUUCCCGUUGUAUCGAUGGCGAUGCUGCAUGUGAAGGGCCUAGCGCACUUGGACAUGAAGCCAGAAAACAUCAUGCGUGCAGGCGCAACGUGGAAAGUGAUAGAUGUAGACGGGUGUACACCUUUGGGCAAGGCCAUAUCUUAAGGCUAGCACUUCACUAUCCUAUGUGGACAAAGUUUCCCUCCUUUGAUUUCUUAAAGGGGAACAAAAAUCAAGGGGAAAAUAACGGAACCAACUCACUCAGCAACUCACUCAGAUUUUAGCAGGGAGAGUGAAAUACCGAUCUUCUUUAAAUAUCGAUCAACGACAGCAGUAUCUCCUUCUCGCCCUGUUACUGUGCCCCGGAGUGGGCCCACUUUCUUAUCGAAGAUGGGGAUUUUUUGAAGGUACUUCUGAACUCUGAAGUCGUCUUUUUAUCUUUUAUCAUCCACAUUGAUCAUUUACUUUUACAUCUUCUACUCUUUGGAGAACUCUCAUGUCCAGAUUCUGGACAUGAGAGUUCUCCUAUUUGAAGAUUUGGAUCAAUCUGUUCGAUGAUGUACUAUACUAGGGACCUUUUUUUGAAUUGAUUCUUGAUCAACUACAACAGGUCGGCCACCAGCUUGAUGUUUGGAGUGUUGGGAUCAGUCUAUGCGAACUGAUCGCAUUGGAUGCGGUCCUAAAGCCAAAAUACGUUUCGAUUUAUAUUAUGGCCACCGACGGUGAUGACAAUUUAUAAAAUGUUAGUUCCAGAAUGUUAAUGACCGAGGAGGUGGACUAUUAUAACCUCACAUCAUGCUGGGUCCAGGGAUGAAAAUGAGGAAAACCACUUUGGUAUGACUCAGGCAUGAUAUUAAGCAUAGACAGGAGACAAGGGCAUGAAAUAGAGAUGACUCCAAAUAAGUAGAGCAAGUGACUCCACAUUAUUGAGAAAAACUCUACCUCUAGUGUCUAGUACUACUGCCUCCCCACUAGUAGAUCAAAAUCAAAAUCAUCUAAGUAUCGAAGCGCUGGCAGCCAUCGAAAAGCGGGGUUUCUCUUUCUUGAGUGGCUGGCGAAUCCGAAGGAGCAAUUAGUGAUGGACGAAAAGGUAGGAAACUUCGACCCAGAUUUCAAGAACAUGGUUCUAGAUCGAAUGCUGGUAAAGGAGGCGACGCAAAGGAUCUCCCUAUCAGAAGUGCUAGAUUGCCGUUACAUUUAUGAUUUAUAUCUUCUGCAAGGUAUGUAGCUUAGUUUAUUUGGUUUAUUUGGGCCAGCGCUUCUCGGCCAUGCUAGUGGUUUGAGAUCAUGAUUUGUCACUUGGGGUAAUUGUAGUAAGUGCUAGCGUUGACUUCCAGUAGAAGGUUGUGUUCUUUGUGAAUCCCAGAAGCCAGAGCGAAAAAAAGAAAGAGCAUUUCCAAUUUAUCAGAGCUGCCAUGCCAGUGGAGUAUUUAUUGCAUGCCAUUGGAGGUUCUUGUGAUUGUGUUCUUUGUGAAUGUCAUUCGUUACAUGUAAUCGUAGGGUUUUUUCGCAACCUACUGUACUAUGAUCCGCUUUCCCAAUCCAAAUCUCCCUUGUUCUUACUCUCCAGCGACGCUUAAAGCACUAAGUAAAGCAACCGGUUCGUUUUCGUCUCUAUACUCUAGGUCUAUCCCUUCAUGCAAUACUAUGUUCUUAUCCGCCCAACCCUCACCCUCUAACAUCCCAAAGACUGCAUAGUUCCUGGAUUGGAUACGAAUACGAAGGGCACUGAGGACGCGGAGAAGGACGAAAAGAUCAAGAAACAUCGACGCGAACGGGGACUGGAAGAGGUGACAGACAAACCUCCAUUGAUCAAGGUUAUGGAAUAUCCGAUUUAUAUUUUACUCGGUUGAUUUCAAUUUUUUGGGGAGAAGUCACAGACAUGGAAAUCUCCAUUGAUCAAAUUGAUUAUGCAUAGCUAUGUUGUAUAACUUUGCACGAUGGAAAACACAUCCUACUACACAGUGGCGAGUUCAGUAUGUGCAAUGAAUUGAUUGAUGCUACUAGCUCCACCAGUGCGUUACUACUGCCUCUAAGACAAGCGUUCUUUACAAGUUGAACAGCGAUGGAGAAAAAUCAAACCCGGAACACUGGCUACGCAGGGACAUGUGGCUGGCGCAUAAUGGAAACCUCUGCUAUUACAGUCAGAAAAAGAACAAGGUACUGCUCAUUAUUUUUGAGAAGAAGUACUUAGUUAGACAUACUAUAGUAUACAAUGCGGACACAACUACAGUCGAGCAAGGGGUUUAUGUCCAGCGACGCUUAAAGCACUAAAGUCUAAAGCAGCCGGCUAGUUUUCCCUCUAUUCUUAGGCUUAAAUCCCUUCAAAUCAAGUAAGUAACUAUAUUCUUGAAGACUGACAAGCGUUGCUUUAUAUGGUCCUCGCCAGAAAAACAAGAAGAACAGUUUGUUCCUGCUGUGUAGACUUUUACUGAAGAAAUCUCCACCUUAUGCUUCUCUUCAUCUCUUCUCUUCAGCGUCUUGUAUUGUUGGAUUUGAAGCAUUUGGCAUUAGCGAAACUAUCAAAAGUGGAGGGCGCCUGUGCGCACGAUCAUGUUUUUUGCGUGGAUUUUGUGGAGGACGAGGAUGCCAUGGAUGAUGAUGCUAAGGUAUAAUAGGAACAUAGGUCUGAUGAUCAUCAUGCUAAGGUACAAGGCAUCGAUUGAUGCUUAGGUAUAGAAACAUAGGUGAUGAUGCUAAGGUAUUAUCGGGGAUAACGAUGAUGGUGCUAAGGCAUAGGUGUCUGCACAGGGAUAGAUAUUGGACGAUUUCCAGUUUCAAUGAUUGUCGUGUGUACUCACAACUCCAUCGCACAACUCCAUCGCACACAACACCCACCUCACAAACACAAUCUUCAGGCCCUCCAAGACACAGUGCACGAGUUGCAGUACUAUGCCGCAGAGAGUGCGGGUGAGUUGGAGAAGUGGCUUUCUAUGCUGAAUAAGGUCGUGGAACAACCAGACAAGUACGCCAACUUGGACACGAAGAUGCUGGUAUUUUUGCUUCUGUUCUGUCUUUUUUCAGUUUCAGACACACAGUCACACUCUAACUCUAACAAUCUUUCGGUCCUCAAAAUCACGCUAAGGCCCCCUUUCACUUCGCCCUUCGGAUCAACACAACCCUCGUUGGGAUACAACGCAAUGAGUGUAAAGAAACUCAUGCUCUUUUUCCUUGCUGCCCUUCUCCCACGGCCGGUUUUUCCAUUCUCUCUCUACCUCCAUCCAUCAACCUACUAGGUGUCUGCUGGUUUGAUUCAAGACUUUAGGGAUUACAAGAUGCUCAUCCGCAACCGACGCGAAAAGAUCGAUCGAAGUAGUCAUCAGUACCAACCUGUCUUCGAGAAGGAAUUGUGGAAGCUUAAUAGCGAUGGUACAACUAGUAUGGAUAUGGAGUACUAGUAGUAGUAGUACUUACAGCUUCGUCCUAUGACAGGAGAGCAAUUGUGGACGAUUCCGAAUAGUGAUGGUGCUAACUACUACGGAGCAAGUACUUAGCUUCAUAUUACAGAACUGAAUUCAGAGUCGUGCUCGUGAUGGUACAGGUAAUAUCGUACUACGACGACUAAAUUCCUAUUUCAAAUUUCUUACCUGCUUUGUCGAAGUUGCAAUCCAAAAUGAAUUAUCAGUUCUUGAUCCAUGUGUUCAUCUGGACGACUUUUCAUCUAAUACACUAACCAGGUGAUCCACUGCAUGAGGAUGAUUGGACAUUCCGCAACAUGUGGCUGGCAAAGAACGGAGCUUUUUGCUACUUCUCAAAAAAGGAGAACAAAGAGUUGAUGUUUAAGGCUGUAACUCAUGCCAUAGUGCCUAUAAUAUGAAGGAGGACUGUAACAUGAAGACUAAUAAUUAGGACUAGCAUGCCUUGAUAUCAGUUUUGGAUCAACAUGAAGGAGUACUACGACUAGCAUGCCUUUGAUAUACUUAGUGCUUAACUGGACAUUAAUUUCAAUGCACGUACAAGAAUCUAGAAAAUUUCGUCUUUCUUCUCUUUGUAUGAGGAGUAAUGCCGUUCUAACCCGCACUACCGCCCGGACGACAUCAGGCAUGUGCGAUACCGAAAGUUGCACUACCCAACCGAAAGCUGCCGACCAUUCAGUUUUGAACUGACGUUGAUUAUGAUGAAGUGGAAAGUCCAUCAGCUUUGCUCGUCUAGUAGAUCAGCGUGAGUUUUGAACAAAGAAGCAGCGUGAGUACUUUUUCAUAUUGCUUCAUGGCCCUCGUCAAUGUAUCGCCUUAAUCGAAGAACAUCAUCAUGAUAGUGAUACUGAAUUGCCUCGAAGUCUUCACUUGCGUUCUUUGAAUUAGGUGUCGUGGGCACUUAUUUAAGCCAUGGAAACUUGUCACAAUAAAUUCAUAGAAACUUGGAUAUUCUGUCGUCUUCUUUGAGGGCGCAGCGCAUCGCAUAGUCUAGGAGCUGGUAUGCUAGCCAGUGGUCUGCACUUGCGUUCUUUGAAUUAGGUGUGAGCACUUAUUUAAGACAUGGAAACUUGUCACAAUCUUCAUAGAAACUUGGACAAAAUCUAUCAUUGUGUGUGUCUGUGUGUGUGUGUGUGUGUGUGUUGCCAAAUAACGUUUCUAACCUUCGACCAAGCGAGGGCAUGGAAUAUGCUCCAGGAGUAUUUGCGGCUGGUGACGAAGGCGUGAUGAUGAUAAUCCUCGGAUGCAUUGAGAAGUAUCAGAAAAUCAAGCGAAACCAAAGCAGUAGUGGAACGAGCAGUUAGAAGAUUCUGCUGGUUCAUCUAGUAGCCACUGAAUUCUGCUAGUAGCCACUGAAUUCUGCUGAUUUAUCUAGUGGACCCACACCUGAAACCAAAGCAGUAGUGGAGCGAGCAGUUAGAAGAUAUUGUAUGUAUCGCAAGUAAUUUCUAACCAUUGAUCAAUCAUAGACUUAUCGAUCAAGCAGUCAGGUGAGGGUAUCGUAAUGACGUCAUCGAUCCGGUGCUUCAAGCACAGGGCUGAGGCAGGAUCUAUUCUAAUUCUAAUUCUAAUCAUUGAUCAAUCAUAGACUUAUCGAUAAAGCAGUCAGAUGAGCAUAUCGCAGAGACAUCAGCACUCUAGAAAGAAACCACUCAUCUAAUACGUUUAACAGUACGAGGACAAGAUGAAACAAGAACCGGCGGAAAACUGCAAGUUUAAACUGACAUGAGUGCACCUCCAUUCUUAUGACAUAGUACAACAGUAGGGUUUUGAUUAAGGUUAUCGUUAUAUUAGAGUUAGAUAAGUAUUGGCAAUCUGCUUCAUCGUGCUCCUUCAUCUUCUGCUAUACUGAGUCGUGGUCACGUAGUUGUUAGCUCUAAUAUUUUUUGCACGGCCAACAUUUAUCCAGCAUUCCCCAAACUAACAAAGGGGGAUCGAUAGUAGAGUACUCAGGUUACAAGUUCUUAGUUGAUGAGGUGCGCAUGCAUGGAAAACGACAGUAAUCCCGUAGAUCCUGGAUUCUUCUGCAGCAGUCCCUUUUUCUAAAGCAAAGUAUUGUCCGAAAGGUUCUUUGUCAGCAAGCAAUGUGUAAUUUUUGUGCUAGUAGCACCUAGUAAGUUGUGCAAAAUGACGACCUCACGUGCCCUUCACGUUGUUCCAUUGUAGGAGUAGUUUGAUGUUGCAAUCAUUUUCCUAACCGUCUCUCGUUAAACUCGCAUAUUCACUGAGGACACGUUUCAGAAUAUUGAUUCGACUUCUGGAGCCCUGGCCGCUGCCUGUCGUAAGCCAGAAAUCUCUUAAUCUUAAUUAACACUACUUUGAAAGCAACUUAUUGUUCACUAUGAUUACUAUUAUUUACACGACUGAUCAUUAGGAGGACAGAGCUGUGGCACUGAAAUCGGUAGAAGAACAGACGGACGAAAUGUCAUUGCAUGUCGAUCACACGCCUGAUACUUGUAGCAC